AUGGAAAUGUUUCGUGCAGCUAUUACUCUUGCCAAUCGCUACAAUAUCUAUGUAAAUGGUCAUCCUAUCAGUUACACUAUUCUUCAGACAAAUGCAAAUAGUAUUGGUUUUGCCGAACUUGAACUUGUCUGUCGAUCCAUUACGAAUGCAGCAGAACCCGAUGUUAUAGGUGUUGUCGGACCAACAAGUUCAACUAGUGUACGCUAUAUUGGUCCAUUUGCGGCACGUAUGCAUUUACCACUUAUUUCUUACACUGCAACUAAUGCUGAUCUUGAUGAUAUAUUUAACUAUCCAACAUUCUAUCGUACUAUUCCUUCGGAUAUUCUUACAGCUGAAGCUAUUGUGAAAUUGUUUAAAUAUUUUUCAUGGAAAACUUGUUCAAUAAUUAUUGGAAAUGAUGAUUAUGGUUAUGGUGGAUUGAAAUUAUUAUCAGAAGUUUAUUAUGCAAAUUUAACAAUUGGAGAACGAUUAGUAUUUGAUCCACGAUUUGAUAAAUUUCAAGCUGAUUUAACGCAAUUAUUAGGAAAAAGCCCAUCUCGUAUUGUACUAGUCUGGGCUAAUCAUAGUUCAUCUACAAGAAUUAUUCAACAUGCACUUAAUGCAAACCUUCUCAGUGGAAGCUACGUAUGGAUAACGACAAAUAAGAUUGAUUUCAAUACAUUCGAACAAAAGCAAUGGCUUAAUUUAAAUGGUAUUCUUACCGUAGCGCCUUUUGUAGGUAAUAGUAAUGCCUUUGGUAUUAAUGAAACAUUACAAAAAGAGGCUUUUGAUGUUUGGCAUAAUUUAUCACAUGAUAAAGACAAAAUUCGAGAACUUGCAUCUACUAUCAGUCUAGAAGCUAUGUAUACAUUUGAUGCUGUUUGGGCUUUAGUUCAAUCAUUAAAUAAAUCAGUAUUUAACAAUAAAUCACUGUCGAUGAAUAAAUCAUUGACUUGUUUUGAUUGUUUAUUACAAAAUUAUGACAAAUAUCUUGAUCAUCUGAAAAAUACUAGUUUUUUCGGCGUGUCAGGACAUGUUCAAUUUUCUAAAAAUAAUUCAGAUAAUUGUAUUUAUGGUGUCAUGUAUGGACUCUACAAUGUACAAUUAACGAGGUUGAAAAACAGUAGAGGAAAACAAGAACCAACCUAUAUAAAAGUAUUGACAUGGUAUGAAACAACUCAUGAUUGGACGAAUUCAACUGAUGAACGUCAUAAUUAUAUCAUCUGGCCCAGCAAUGAACACACAAAAGUACCUACUGAUUAUCCACAACUUCGAGGUCAACAUUUGCGAAUUCUUGUCAUUGAUGCACCUCCAUUCGUUAUAGUACGUAAUUUUUCAACUCAUGACACAGAACGAGUCGAUUUUCGUGGCGAUCCUCUAAAAACUGAAGAUCCAAAAGUUCUUAUUUACGGAUUUGUUGCUGAUUUCAUUCGUGAACUUGUAAGAUAUAUGCAUUUUAAUUAUACAAUUAGUGUAGCUGAUCCAUCAACAGCCUAUCAUUCUCUUGUUGCAUUAUUAGAAGAAGAUAAUCGUCAAUAUGAUAUUGUUUUAUCUAAUAUUGCAAUUACUUCAGAUCGUAUGCUUAAAGUUGACUUUUCAACACCUUUUCAUGAAAAUACUUUUCGAAUUAUUACUCGAUUAAAUCCACAUUCAUCAUCACUUAGUCUUUUCUUAUGUUUUAAUCCAUUUACUUGGGAUGUAUGGGCAACAAUAUUUGCAGUUAUGAUUUAUUCAAGUAUGAUUAUUUAUGUAUUUGAAUAUCAAAAUAGAAAUAUUGAAAAUAAUCAAUUUGAAUUAAAAGCUGUUUGGACUAGUAUAUUUCAUGGCAUAAUUAAUAUUUUAAUUAUGAGUGGUGAUAUACGUUUAACAACAACAUCAAGUCGAUUAACAAUUUUAGGUUUAUAUGUAUUAGGUAUUAUUCUUGUUGCAACAUAUACAGCUAAUCUUUCAUCUUUUCUUACAUUAAAUCGUGCUCAACCAUUUAUUUCUGGUAUUGAUGAUAUUAAAAAUGGUCUUUUACCUUUUUCACGUAUUGGUAUUGUCACCAAUUCAGCUGUAUCUGAUUAUUAUAUACGAAAUAUAUCUACUAAUUAUUAUACUUUUUCUGCAGUUGAAGAGACAUACUUGAGAUUACUUGAUCAUACAAUUGAUGCAUCUAUAUGGGAUUCAUCUAUACUUGAAUAUGCUGUUAAUAAUUAUUAUUGUAAUGAAUUAGUUGUAACUGGUGUUGGUUUUAUUAAAACAUCAUUUGCCAUUGUUGUACCUAAAAAUUGGCUAUACAAGACAGAUUUAGAUGUUAAUAUAUUAGAAUUACGUGAAUCACAAAAAUUAGAAUCAUUAGAAAAUGUAUGGUUGAAGUAUCGAGCAUGUUCAUCAUCAUCAUCAUCAUCAUCAUCACCAAACAGUUUGAGUCAAGUUGAUGGUAAAAAAAGUGAAACAUUUUCACUUGAUGUCUUAGGUGGACUCUUUCUUACGUUUUUUAUAAUAACUGCAAUCGCUUUUGGUUUUCAUAUAUGGAAUUGUCGAUUAAAUAUCAUCAACACAUUUCAUCAGACAAUAGAACGAAUAAAACUACAGAUAGUACAAAUGAUAAUAAGAUAUUAA